AUGUCACCAAUGCAGGUGUUGGGCUUUGAUGCUGUAAAUAAACUGGAGAGUUUCCUGUCUCCUGUAAGUGUCGUGGGUGUGAGAGGAUGUCUGUACUUCAGUAUCAUCAGUGCGGAGAAGCUUGAACUGGAUGUUGAAUUAAUCAAGCAGAGAGAGAUGGAGAGAUGCCUGACACUCAUUUUACUGACUACAGUUGUAAAACUCAUCACAGCUGGUACACAAGAAGGAGGUGUGAAUGUGAGGCUGGUUGGUGGUCACAGUCGCUGUGCUGGUAGAGUGGAGGCUCAUCAUAGAGGUCAGUGGGGAACAGUGUGUGAUGAUGACUGGGAUUUGGCUGCUGCUGCAGUGGUGUGUAGAGAGCUGGACUGUGGAGAACCUGUAGAUGCUCUGGCUGAUGCUCGUUUUGGACCAGGAUCAGGACCAAUCUGGAUGAGUUUUGUUAUAUGUGCUGGAUCAGAGUCUACACUGAAGAACUGUGGGUCAGGAGGAUGGGGUAUAAGCAACUGUGAUCAUACUAAAGAUGCUGGAGUCAUCUGCUCAGAAGUCAGGCUGGUUGGAGGUUCUCGCUGCUCUGGGAGGUUAGAGAUACUUGAUGAUCAGACGUGGGUUUCAGUGUGUGCUGCUGCCUUUGACCAGCAGGAUGCAGAGGUUGUGUGUAGAGAGCUGGACUGUGGGGCUCCUGUACAGGUGCUGGGAGAAGAUGCUUUUGGAAAAGGAGACGCUCAGAUGUGGACACAAGAGAUUCAGUGCAGAGGAAAUGAGUCUCAGAUUCACCUCUGCCCAACAUCACCAUUAGAAGAAAACAACUGUUCACAUGAACACAGCAUUGCUUUGCAGUGUACUGACAUAAUAAAUGUGAGGUUGGUUGGUGGUCACAGUCGCUGUGCUGGUAGAGUGGAGGUUCUUCAUAGAGGUCAGUGGGGAACAGUGUGUGGUGCUGGCUGGGAUUUGGCUGAUGCUGCAGUGGUGUGUAGAGAGCUGGACUGUGGAGAACCUGUAGAUGCUCUGGGUGAUGCCCAUCUUGGACUGGGAUCAAAACUGUUUAGGAUGAAAAAUGCAAUGUGUACUGGUUCAGAGUCUACACUUAAGAAAUGUGGAUUCUUAAAACCAACUGAUCCUGAUGUGUGUCUUGAUAAAAGCGCUCAAGUCAUUUGUUCAGAAGUCAGGCUGGUUGGAGGUUCUCGCUGCUCUGGGAGGUUAGAGAUACUUGAUGAUCAGACGUGGGUUUCAGUGUGUGCUGCUGCCUUUGACCAGCAGGAUGCAGAGGUUGUGUGUAGAGAGCUGGACUGUGGGGCUCCUGUACAGGUGCUGGGAGAAGAUGCUUUUGGAAAAGGAGAUGCUCAGAUGUGGACACAAGAGAUUCAGUGCAGAGGAAAUGAGUCUCAGAUUUCAUUCUGUUCAAUAUCAUUGCCACAGAAACACAACUGCACCAGUGACAAUAAUGUGGGACUGAUCUGUUCUGGUUACACAGAGGCCAAACUGAUGAAUGGUUCAGACUCUUGUUCUGGAAGAGUGGAGCUUCGGUUCAUCAAUAAGUGGGGCACAGUGUGUGAUGCAUGCUGGGAUAUGAGAGCUGCCAGUGUCCUCUGUAGACAGCUGAAUUGUGGGAUUGCUGUGUCUGUUGUGGGAUCAGACUGGUUUGGAGAGGGAAGUGGUGAAAUCUGGGCUGAUGUGUUUGAUUGUGACGGGAAUGAAACAAAACUCUCAGAAUGUUCCAUCUCUUCAUGGAGUCGAGCUGAACGUUCUCAUAGACGAGAUGUUGGAGUCAUCUGCUCUGAGAGUGAAGCUCAUCUGGGGAACUGCAGCUCUCCACAAACUCUCAACUGCAGCUCCACACAACAGCUGUCAAUCACAAACUUUGGUCGUGGGUCCAUCAGGCUGGUGGGUUCUGGGGGAGACUGUGCAGGGAGGCUGGAGGUUUUUCACAGUGGCUCAUGGGGGACAGUGUGUGAUGACUCCUGGGAUAUUAAAGAUGCCCAUGUGGUGUGCAGACAGCUGCAGUGUGGAGUGGCUCUCAGUAACCAGCAGGUACCAGCCUGGUUUGGUCCUGGUUCUGGACCCAUAUGGCUGGAUGAGGUGGAGUGUGAGGGGAAUGAGACGUCCCUGUGGAGCUGCUCAUCUCCAGGCUGGGGAAAACAUGACUGUCAACACAAGGAGGAUGUAGGAGUCGUGUGUUCAGAGUUUAAAGAGAUCAGGUUAACUGAGGGCUGUGAAGGGAAUGUGGAGAUUUUCUACAAUGGAUCCUGGGGAAAUGUGUGUUAUAAUAAGAUGGACAGAGACACAGUGAGUCUGAUCUGUCAAGAGCUGAACUGUGGAAGAUCUGGUGUUUUGUCUGCUUCUACACCAAGAGUUGAAUCAGCUUGUAACUGGCUGGAUAAAGUGAAAUGUCGCCCACAUGAUUCAAAUCUGUGGCAGUGUCCAUCUUCACCCUGGGGACAGAAUGACUGUGGUGAAGAUGAAGUGGCCAAAAUCACCUGCUUGGAACAGGAGAGUCAUGAGUCUCCUAGAAGCUCUUUGUCAUGCUCCACAUCUCCACAUCAGAGACAGUGUUCAGAGCAUGUUCCUCUCAGACUGAGUGGAGGGGAGGGCCGGUGCUCUGGGAGGCUGGAGGUGUAUCAUAACGCUGUGUGGGGCUCAGUCUGUGAUGAUCUGUGGGACAUCAGCGAUGCUCAGGUGGUCUGCAGACAGCUGGGUUGUGGAGCAGCACUGAGGGCUGAUGAGAAUUCAGUCUUUGGUGCUGGUGAAGGUGUUGUGUGGCUGAACAGAGUCGAGUGCAGAGGGAAUGAGAUUCACCUGUGGGACUGUCCUCUCUCCCUGAAGAACCACACUGACUGCUCCAACAAAGAUCACGCUGGACUCACCUGUGCAGAUUUGUCAGUGUCCACUACUCCUGCCACAACAACAUCAUCUUCUCCAGUUUCUCAGACAGUGAGCUCAACAUCAGUCACUCGUCCACAAACUCCUCCGUCUCUCUCUGUGCUUGUGAUUGUACUGGGAGUUGUGCUCUUACUGCUCUUAGUGCCACUGCUUAUACUGAUUCAGCAGAACAGAGUGAUGAGGAGAGCUCUCUCUGAGAGGAGACACAGAAGCACGACUGAGGCCGUUUAUGAGGAGAUUCAUCACAGACCCACUAACAGACAUAGUCUCUUCACUCAGAGGGGAAGUGUCCUUUCUACUGAACAGCAUUCUGGGUAUGAAGAUGCUGAUAAGCUUCUUUCAGCAAAAUCUGCUGUAGGAAUGAAUACUGACUACUAUGAUGAUGUCAUCACCACUGAAGGACCAGCAGUAGAGCAACAAAACACACCAGAGAAUUAUGAUGAUGUAAUCAUUGCUGAACAGAGACAUCAUGAUACAGGUUUAUUUCUUUAA